GUCCAUUGAAUUGUCACUUGAAUCGCUGAAGAAUGAUUCAUAGAAAUGUCCACCAAAGUACACCCUCAUAAUCAUCUAUUGUGUAUUGGUGCCCUGUCUAGACGACAAGGGGACAACCGCAUCUUACCUUGAUCUUUACCCAGGUAAGAUCAUCCCUCACUUCACAUCUGUUUGCGAAACUAGUUGGACUACCACAAUCCCCACAGGUAUCCAUGCAUUAUAUAGCUUUACGUAGUUUUUUAAUUCUGUUCGACAAAGCUACAGCCAUGAAAUCUCAAAUAUACUUGCUGUACCUCAUCUAUCUCUUUGUUCCUACCAUUUUGAGUUCAGCCAUUAAAGACGAUUCUAGGCAACUUCCCUCCCAUGCUAGUACAGAAAAUAAACAUGAAAGACAUUCAAAAAGUCAACAUCAAGACGAACAGCUUAGAAAGAGUAAGAAUAAAAAGAAUGGUCAGCAGGUCAACAUUGGAAGUCGGUAUCUGAAAAAACGUCCUACCAGGAGGCGCCUGGACAAAUCCUCUCUUUUGGAAAUACUUGGAGAAGAUUAUGAGCCGAAUUUGAUGACUGCUGAUAGACCUAAGAGAACCGUCAUUUCCAUCCCCUCCCACGAAGUCAAUGUCGACAAGCUAAACAACAGAUGGUCUCAAGAAGAACUGAUGAAGCAGAUGAGCAAAUUAAACCUGACCGAAGAACUCAGCAGUGUGGAUCCCAGUCUCGUUCCUCUUGAAGACAAGAUACGCCAAUGGAUGAUGCGGAGAUCUUCCUGUCCAAUUCACUUCUCGUGGAAAGACUUGGGAAAGAAAUACUGGCCACGAUGGGUGAGAGAAGGAGUCUGCCUAAAGAGGGAUGGUUAUUGUUCUUUUCCAGCGGGGAUGAACUGUGUACCAGGCGCCACUACCUCAGUUCAGCUUCUAAAUUGGCAAUGCGAGUUGAAAGAGUUUGAGCCAUUGCCAAGGCAUAAAAGAAGUCCGAUUAAGGAUUCUGAUAGAGAAACUUCUGUUUUAUAUAAAAGACCUCCGGUGCCGCCCCUUCCCACAGAAAGAAGGCGCUUGAAAAGAAACUGUUCCUGGGUUAAAGUUCCCUUUCCUAUUACCAUUGACUGCUUCUGUACCUGUUGAGAAAAUUGUUGAACUAUUUGAUACAAGAAACAAAAACUACCAUUUCCGUAAAAAAAAAAUCAGUUGAACUCGCAAUGAGAAAUGGUGUUUAGGUUAAACUAUUGUUCUCUGUUACGAAUUACUGUUUUUUCAACUUUUGGAUGUUCAUAAAUUGAAAUAAACAUUACGCUUUGAACACUAUGAUCGAAUCACAGUUACUAUAUGAGUGAUAAUCAGCCUAACAAUAAAUGUAUCUGUAAUUAUGUCCAUGCAUGCCAAAGUUCUGCAACUAGUGAAAGUAUCGACAUAAAUUUUUAAAAUUGUUAGGUUUUUAUAAUGGAGCAUAUCGCAGCGAUGAUUUGUCUCACAAAAGAAUAGCAGAGGAUAAGCAUCUCACAGCAUUAUGUAUUUAUGGUAAUCAUUGUAAAAACUGUGGAUUUUUAAAUUAUAGUUGACAUUUUUAUAUUUUUAGUUUGAAUCUUUUUAACUCUCAUAAUUAUUUUUGACUCUCAUAAUCUCACAUUGGUAUAAAUUGUUUUUUAUUGGUAUUAUUUGCUUCAUUGGUAUAAUUUGUUUUAUUAGCAUUAUUUGUUUUUUAUUAGUAAUAUUGAUUGAACUGGUUUUUAAGCUAACUUAGCUUCUUAAGAAAAAGUUAGUUAAAACAAAGGUUUUUUCCUGUAAUUAAACAAACUCAUAACCAAGUGAUUAAGAAACUCGUGUAAUUAAUUUUUUAUUUACGAGUGAUCCUCAAAAAUUUUAUUAAAUAAACUCCCCAGUAAAAUGUUAUUACUUUACUUCAAAAUUUUAAUUUUAACAACUAUUUUAAUUUUCAAAACUAUUAUUUUGAAACUAAAUGCCAAGUAUUAUUUUUAAUUGUUAUUUAAACUAUUUUGAUACUUCUUUUACCGUAUCUAUGAAUUUAAUGAUUUAAGUUUCUUUCUUGGGAAUAUGCAAACUUAAUUACACAUUUUUACGCAAUUUAUUUGUAAAAUACUUACAACUAACAAUAUAUCCUAUUUUCCAAGAUUGAAAUCAAGAGUGAAUUUUUUUCAGUUUUACUCACUGUUUAUUCAUAUU